UGCAAGUCCUGCUGGACCUUCAAAAAUCAUGGGGGCGGACCUUCUCUGGCUGGGAGGCUGGUGGAAACUGCAGCUUGGCCGAAUUUGUGAAAUGCGAUGCUCGAGGCAUGGUGACCGAUCUCUUGCUGUUCAACGAAGGCUUAACCGGAUCCAUUCCAGAGUCCAUCAGUGCCUUGGACAGGCUGAGCUAUUU